AGGGGGCGGGACCGGGGGGGGGGGUCCCGGCAGCUUCUAGUAGGUUCCAGAAGGCGGCGCGUGCGGUUGGGAGCGCGGAGAGGACAGACUCGAUUCAACGGGGUUCCGGGCCGGGCGAUGGAGCAGGUCAACGAGCUGAAGGAGAAGGGCAACAAGGCCCUGAGCGCCGGGAACAUCGACGACGCCCUGCAGUGCUACUCGGAGGCCAUCAAGCUCGACCCCCAGAACCACGUGCUGUACAGCAACCGCUCGGCCGCCUACGCCAAGAAGGGCGACUACCAGCGGGCCUACGAGGACGGCUGCAAGACCGUCGACCUGAAGCCCGACUGGGGCAAGGGCUAUUCUAGGAAAGCGGCGGCUCUCGAGUUCCUGAACCGCUUUGAAGAGGCCAAGCGGACCUACGAGGAGGGUCUGAAGCAUGAGGCGAGUAAUCCUCAGCUCAAAGAAGGCCUGCAGAGCAUGGAGGCCCGGCUGGCAGAGAGGAGGUCCAUGAACCCUUUCAGCAUGCCCAACCUCUACCAGAAGCUAGAGAGCGACCCCCGGACGCGGGCCCUGCUCAGCGACCCCACCUACAGGGAGCUGCUCGAGCAGCUGCGCAACAAGCCUUCCGACCUGGGCACGAAGCUGCAGGAUCCCCGCAUCAUGACGACUCUGAGUGUGCUCCUUGGGGUAGACCUGGGCGGCGUGGACGACGACGAGGAGGUGGCAGCGCCCCCCCCACCAGCACCUCCCAAAAAGGAGACCAAACCUGAGCCCAUGGAGGAAGAUCUUCCAGAGAAUAAGAAGCAGGCGCUGAAAGAGAAGGCGCUGGGGAACGACGCCUACAAGAAGAAAGACUUUGACGCGGCCUUGAAGCACUACGACCGCGCCAAGGACCUGGACCCCACCAACAUGACGUACCUGACCAACCAGGCAGCCGUGUACUUCGAGAAGGGUGACUACGGCAAGUGCCGCGAGCUCUGUGAGAAGGCCAUCGAGGUGGGCAGGGAGAACCGGGAGGACUACCGGCAGAUCGCCAAAGCUUACGCUCGGCUCGGCAACUCCUACUUCAAAGAGGAGAAGUACAAGGACGCCAUCCACUUCUACAACAAGUCCCUUGCAGAGCACCGCACCCCGGACGUGCUCAAGAAGUGCCAGCAGGCAGAGAAAAUCCUGAAGGAGCAGGAGCGCCUGGCCUACAUAAACCCUGAUCUGGCCCUGGAGGAGAAGAACAGGGGCAACGAGUGCUUUCAGAAAGGGGACUACCCCCGGGCCAUGAAGCACUACACGGAAGCCAUCAAACGGAACCCGCGAGAUGCCAAGCUGUACAGCAACCGUGCGGCCUGCUACACCAAGCUCCUGGAGUUCCAGCUGGCGCUCAAGGACUGUGAGGAGUGUAUCCAGCUGGAGCCGACCUUCAUCAAGGGGUACACACGGAAAGCGGCCGCGCUGGAGGCCAUGAAGGACUAUACCAAGUCCAUGGACGUCUACCAGAAAGCCCUGGACCUCGACCCCAACUGUAAGGAGGCGGCGGAGGGCUACCAGCGCUGCAUGAUGGCACAGUACAACCGGCACGACAGCCCCGAGGACGUGAAGCGCCGUGCCAUGGCCGACCCCGAAGUGCAGCAGAUCAUGAGCGACCCCGCCAUGCGGCUGAUCCUGGAGCAGAUGCAGAAGGACCCCCAGGCACUCAGCGAACAUUUGAAGAACCCCGUGAUCGCACAGAAGAUCCAGAAGCUGAUGGACGUGGGCCUGAUCGCCAUCCGGUGAUGAGCAGCGGGGCCCUCCCCCCGCCCUCGCACGGAGGAGCCGGGGCCGCGGCGGAGGGCGCGAGGGGCAGCCAGCGUUGGCUCUAUAUUUAUACAGACUCCCCACUCACGCCGCUGCCUCUGGGUCCCCCGCACAUGCAUGGUCUCUUCUGCCGCCCCGAGUUCCGUGUCUCCCGGCCCCUCAGUCGCCGUCUCAGCUGCUCUCCCAUAGUCGGUUAUUUUUUAUUUAGGGCGGUGGGCACCUGUGGGGAGGAGUGUCCUCCCCAGCCUCAGGUCCCAGCUGUCUUCACGUUGUUACCCUGACUCCUCCAAUAAAACAAGCCAGUCAGGCGUGGUUAUACCAA